CAAUGACAAUCAAUAUGACAUUCUCCCGUUGAAAGUUUGUGUAUUGAUCGUAGGUACCACAAAAUAUUAAGGAAAAAUCCUUUUAACAUAGUUUUAGAACAAAAAUAACUCCUAUUAACAAAUUAUAGUAACUAAAAAGCGCAAAGAUGUUGCCCCGACAAUAUUACAGCGAACAGGAUAUGAGAAAGCGUCAAAUCGAUACGCUUAAAAUCUUUAACGAUCAUGUGACAGAAGUCAACGAAAACUCGGAAUACAGACUCGAAUUUGUGGCUGACGGCAAAAAUAUGAGCUUGUCUGUUGUACUAGGACCUGAUUUCCCCAAUGAAAAGCCGUCAAUCUUCGUUAAUCCUCCAAUACCUCACCCUUGGAUUGGAGAAAAUUCGAAUCAAGUUGUUGGUGCACCAGGGCUCUUGAACUACACCUUACAUUCAGAUUUGGGUCGUGUAGUCCAAGCGAUAAUAAGAGAGUUUCAGAAAUCAAUGCCAAAAUUCUCCAAUUCUGACGAUGUGUCUAGAAGUAACGAUGUUAGUCCGCAGUCAAAUUACAGUGGUCAGUCUUUGAUGUUUCCGGAGUUAAAUGACUGUUGUAUUGAGGAGUUGCAAGAGAUUUUGCAGAAUACUGAUUUACAGGACAAAAUCAUUGAAGUGAACCCGCAACUAGUAGAAUUAGACCUUGAAACAGAAGAAUUAAUGACUAGUAUCGAACGAAUAGCCCAAGAGAACAUCGCAAAGCAACAAGCGCUUGAUGAUCUAAAGACUGAGGUCAUUGACCGUAUCUCAACUAUAGUUCAAAUGAAAAUGAACUUUGAGGAGCUAAACAGAAAGCAUAUGAAGUUAGCAGAGAUGUAUGAUCCUCAUCGGAUCAGGGAUUGCUUGAAGGAAGCUGCUUUGAAGGCUGACGAAGAGUCUGAAGUGAUCGCUGAGCAAUUUCUAACAGGUCAAAUGCCAGUGGAGACUUUCAUAGCGAAAUUCGCAGAGAAACGAGGUCUCGGCCAGGCGAGACGAGCUCGGGAAGAACGGAUUGCUCACCAACUGGCACAACUAGACAGAGCCACGACCAAGAGCUAGAAAAAAAAAACAUUCCAUUUGAC